CCCAUCGCCGAGCAACGCAAGGCUGCAGGGCUGCGCAGGCGCACAGCGCAAGCAAGGCAGAAAAACCGAAGCCGGCGGGCGACGGAAAGAGCCGAAGCGGUAGGGCGCCCGAGGCCGUUGCGGACCUCCGCGUCCGAGUCGCUGCUGCCGUGGAGGCCGAUGCUCCAGGACCCAACCGCCGCCUCCGUGGCUGCCGCCGCUGCCUUCCACCCCGAACCCCGGCCGCUCGUGAAGUGAACGCCUCGUGAAGUGAAGCAAACGCGGCCGGGACUCGGGUGUCCGGAGCCGGCGAGAGGGAGGAGGGAGCAGCCGGCCUGGUGGGGGCGGGGCCGAGACCAGCCGAGUCGGCCCGAGCGUUGCCGAGCGGGACCGAAGAGCGGGGCCGGGUCGGAGCCGGACUACGGGAGCCGACGCGGGCCGCGCGGUGGGCGCGGAGCGGCGCGGGAGGCCGGGCGGGCGGCUGCAGCUGCAGAGGAGGCCGCGGCCGCGGAUCCAGGAGCGGAAGCGGCUAGGAGGCGGUGGGGGCCGGGUGGCCGGGGUCCCGGGCCCCGCGGCGGCGGCAGCGGCGGCGGCGGCGGCAGGAUGAUCAAGCUGUUCUCGCUGAAGCAGCAGAAGAAGGAGGAGGAGUCGGCGGGCGGCACCAAGGGCAGCAGCAAGAAGGCGUCGGCGGCGCAGCUGCGGAUUCAGAAGGACAUAAACGAGCUGAACCUGCCCAAGACGUGUGACAUCAGUUUCUCAGACCCGGACGACCUCCUAAAUUUCAAGCUGGUCAUCUGUCCUGAUGAGGGUUUCUACAAGAGUGGGAAGUUUGUGUUCAGUUUUAAGGUGGGCCAGGGUUACCCACAUGACCCCCCCAAGGUAAAGUGUGAGACGAUGGUCUAUCACCCCAACAUUGACCUCGAGGGCAACGUCUGCCUCAACAUCCUCAGAGAGGACUGGAAGCCAGUCCUUACGAUAAACUCCAUAAUUUAUGGCCUGCAGUAUCUCUUCCUGGAGCCCAACCCUGAGGACCCACUGAACAAGGAGGCCGCCGAGGUCCUGCAGAACAACCGGCGGCUGUUUGAGCAGAACGUGCAGCGCUCCAUGCGAGGUGGCUACAUCGGCUCCACCUACUUCGAGCGCUGCCUCAAGUAGAUUUGCUAUAUACCUGCCCUGGCCAGGGCCAUCCGUCCUGGCAUCCCCUGCAAAUAUUUAUUGGGGGCCACAGAUGGAGGGGUGGGGGGCAGCCAGUGGGGAAAUCCCUGCCUUGGCCACCUGUCCGCUCCCUGCCACCUGCCCUUAGUUAUUUUUUUUUAACCACCACAUGAUUAUAGUUGGCAUUGUCCACUCAGCAAUGGGAAAUGAAUUGGCUUGUCUAGCCCCCCUCCUCCAUGCUGGGUGCUGUUCAGCCCCCCUACUCUGGGUUGUGAGAUGGGUGGGCAAGGGGCCUCUGUAGCUGGGUCCAGGCACCCCACCCCACACCCCCAGAGGUCCCACCAGGCUAUUAAAGGGGAAUGUUACUGCA